GAAAUGAAAUGCUGUUCAUCCUGAUUCCUAAAACACUCAACUUCCGCGUUUUGGAGAUGAGAAGGUCGGGCUCCUUCGCGAUCUUCCCAGUCCCAUUUUUGGCCCUCUUGAUCUCUCCGCCACAACUUCAUUUCGUCUGCAGAAUGUGGCUCUCUGUGCAUCGUAUGCGUUUAUCAAGAAUCAAAUAUCCUCCACUCAGCCACCGCUUCACCGUUCCGUUAAUCGAUUGCUGGACGUCUCUUUGGCCGAACGGCAGCGAGUGUGGUCGUGUUAAAGACGGACAUAGUUGCCAAAGUUUAUCCAGAACCAUUGCUGCUAAUCCUCCAGUGGUUGCUGGUGUGGCAUGCUUGCUUGUUUUUUUGGUCAUCCCUAAACCGAAAAACUAAUCUAGGUGAAUCUAUUGACCAGAAAAAUACGUACAAGGGAGUGGUAAAUAGUUGUUUUCCAGCAAAUUGGAGUAAGGGCAAGGCCAGCUGUAAUUUGAUGAUAUUUUAUUAGUUAUCAGGACACAUGAAUUUGCUGGCUGGGUCCUCUUCAAUCUUCAAUACAGUUCCACCUAAUGAAAAGCAGUUCAUUUGUUUUAAAAAUUGAGAGUUGAUUUAAAAAAAAAAAAGAGAGAGAGAGGGUGGGGAGAAAGCCACCCUAAACAAUAAAGUAAGGGGGCAUGCGUUAUUGUAAUAAAAAAAAUUAAUUUUUUAAUUUUUUAACUUUUAACUUACUUGCAAUUCAACCUAUCAAUCAUGACUCACUUAUAAUUCAAUCUUUUAACUUUUAACUCACUUUUAAUCCAAUCUCUCAACCUUUGUUAGCUUAUUUUUUUAUAUUAGUUUAGAUACCACAUCAAAGAAUAAGAGAAUGGUA